AUGGAGGGCAAGUUAUGGUGGAAAUGAAGGAGAAGUUUGGGAACUUGGCAAUGAACAUAAUAGUAAGAAUGCUUGCUGGGAAGCGAUAUUUUGGUACUGAUACAAACGGGGAUGAGGAGUCGCGGAGAUUUCAAAAGGCUUUGGGAGAUUUCUUCUAUCUAUUGGGGUUAUUCUUGGUUUCAGAUGCUGUUCCAUUUCUUGGUUGGUUGGAUUUUGUUAAGGGAAUUGUAGGCAAAAUGAAGAGGACAGCAACGGAGAUAGACUGUGUGUUUAGUAGCUGGGUGGAGGAUCAUCGACGAAACAGGCUCAAUGGAAGCAUCAACGAGGAGGAGAGAGAUUUCAUUCAUGUUAUGCUUUCUAACUUGGAAGACGGCAAGAUUUCUGCUGUUGACACUGAUACUGCAAUUAAGGGCACUUGCUUGAGCCUCAUUUUGGGCGGCCACGACACGACAUUUGUGACUCUUACAUGGGCACUAUCUUUGAUAUUGAACAACCGCGAAGUUCUUGAAAAGGCACAAGAUGAGCUUGACAUUCAAGUAGGAAAGCACCGGCAAGUUGACGAGACAGACAUAAAGAACCUUGUAUACUUACAAGCCAUUGUCAAGGAAACAAUGAGACUAUACCCUGCUGCCCCGCUUUCAGCACCAAGGCAAGCCAUGGAGGAUUGCACGGUAGCUGGCUUCCACAUCCCAGCGGGCACACGCCUUUUGGUUAACCUGUGGAAGUUGCACCGUGAUCCUAACAUUUGGUCUAACCCAUUGGAAUUUCAGCCUGAGAGGUUCCUAAAGGAGCAUGCCAAUCUGGAUGUGAGGGGUCAAGAUUUUGAAUACGUACCAUUUGGGUCUGGAAGAAGAAUGUGCCCAGGGAUUUCCUUGGCGCUCCAGGUUUUGCACUUGACACUGGCUCGACUGCUUCAUGGUUUUGAAAUGGGGACAGUUUCAGACGCUCUAAUCGAUAUGAGUGAAGGCCCUGGAAUCACUAUCCCCAAGGAAACACCAUUGGAGGUCAUCCUCCGCCCAAGGCUACACUCAAGUCUAUAUGAAUGUUAAGCAGCUGAAGAUCUCUGGGUGAUCACAUGCUCAAGCUAAUAAACUCAAUUUACGUGCAUCAUCAUUCGCCCAUUCAAUUCAUAGGAUUGAUGCAUAAAUAAUUCAAGUUCGUUUAACAAUGCCAUUUUCAUUACAUCUAGAGAUUCAUAUUUGCAAAUAUGAUCUUAUAGUGUCAGCAGUGUAACCAUUGUUCUUGAAUCUUGUAUUCCAGUUACUGUUAUUCACGUUAUGAAAAACUUGUAAUCAGAGAUAAAACUGCGUAA